GUGCGAGUUCGGGUGCCCAUCACGAGUAGGGGAGGCUGGAUCCGCACCUGGCUGGACAACCCACUCACCCUCCAUGGGUUCCUUCGUGGGAGACGGCAGGACCCUUGCCUCGGAAAGGCUUAAGAAAGAAGCCAUGGAGGCGUCAGACCCGGCGGGGAACAUCCGAGACCUGGAACUGAGAGAAGAAUGGCAGGACGACGAAUUCCCACGCCCUUUGUCGGAGGAGACCUCGGAAGAAGAUCUGGAGCCCUCCAGUUCCGAACUGAGUCCGGUCGCCUCCAACACCCUGGCACUCUGCGGCCGGAGACACAUGAGGAAGCGUCUCCAGGCCCCGGACCUCAGCGAGGGCUCGGUAAAAUCGGGGGAUCUCCCCGAAAGCACCCCAGACGCCAGCUUGGAGAUCAACCUGGAUGAGCUGGAGACGCCUUCCGAAAGCGAGCUUCAGGAGGGCCCGGAGAGCGGGCACGAAUUCGAAUGGGAAGAUGACCUCCCGCGGGCCCGGCGGGUGGAGGCCAACCUGCCGGAGAAAUUCUGCAGUGGCCGCGUGAUGGACACCAAGGAUCCCGACGGACGGGUCUGGCGCAUAUUCCUGGGAGACGAACACGAGCGCAAAGUGGAUCUAAGCGCCAUCGAGCCCUACGCGAGGGUGAUCUCCCACGGAGGCCAUUACGGCGAAGGCCUGAACGCCGUUCUCGUUUUUGCUUCUUGCUACCUGCCAGAAAGCAGCGUCCCCAAUUAUCCCUACAUCAUGGAGAACCUGUUCAGGUAUAUAAUAGGAACUCUGGAGCUGAUGGUAGCCGAGAAUUACAUGCUGGUGUGUCUGAAUGGCGCCACUUCACGGAGCCGGUUUCCAUCUUUUGCCUGGAUCAAGCAGUGCUAUCAGACAAUCGACCGGCGGCUUCGGAAGAAUUUGAAAUCUUUGGUCAUCGUUCAUCCCACCUGGUACAUCAAAGCCCUGAUGACGGUGUUUAAGCCUUUCAUCAGUUCCAAAUUCAGGCAGAAAGUGCGGUUUGUGGAGAGCCUGGAUGACCUGGCCCAGAUCGUCCCCCUGCAACAGAUCCAUAUCCCGGCCUGUGUCCAGCAGUGA